AUGUCCUCAUCGCACCACCAUUCCGCGCGCGCCACGCUGCGAGCCCGCUGGCACGGCGGCGCGCACAAGGCGGGAUACGGAAUCCGCGCGGCGCACGUCAUCCAGGCGUGCGCCUUCGCUAUAGUCACGCUCUGGCUCUGCUACCAUUGGUCGCACGCCCCCCGCCGCCAGCCCCCGCACGACGCGGACCCGGCGGCGGUGAGCGCGGGGAGGCUGCAGGUUCGGGGGCUCGUGGUGGAGCGGCCCAAGCCUAAAGAUGUGGCUCGGCGGAAGAGCCGCAGCGUGAUCUCCCUGGAGGGCCCCGGCGACCGCGACCUGCUGCCGGGGGACGGCGCGCUGGCGGACGCGGAGGGCGCGCGCGGCGGAGGGGCGGCGCUGGCGGGGGGGGAUAUCGUGCGGCGCAUCGUGGCGAAGGCAGGCAUGGCGCAGGCGGCGGGCGUGAAGCUGAAGGACCUGGUGGAGGCGAAGGCGCAGGGCGGGGGGAACCUGCUGGGGGAGUUCGGGGGGGAGGCGGAGGAGGAGGGGGAGCGGAAGUGGGAGGAGGAGGGGGAGAUGGAGGAGCGCGCGCUGGUGGACCUCAAGGGCGGCGGGCGCGAGGCGAAGGUGGUGCAGCGCGCGCUGGACGAGACGCGCGCCGUGGAGGGGGACGGCGCUGGGGAGGGGGGCGCGGAGGGGGAGGGCGAGCGCGAGGGCGCUGCGUCGUCGGCGCUGGAGGUGGCGGAGGACGCGGAGGUGGGCGCGGGGAGGGGGGGCGCGGAGGAGAGAGGGGCGGAGGGCGGGAGGGAACAGCAGGCGGGGCGGGGGGAGAGACAGGGUGGAGGGGGGAGCGGGAAGUUGUUUAAGGCGGAAGGGAGAGAAGCGGCGGAGACGGAAGGGGAAGAGCGGGGAGGGGAGGCGGGGCAGCAGGGACGGGGGGAGGAGGAGGAUGAAGAAAGGGGUGAGGAGGAUGGGGCAGCAGAGGGCGGUAGCACCACCAGCACCAGCAGCGGCGGCGGCGGCGCAUGGGAGGGGCAGCAGUGGGGGGGCAACAGCAGCAGCGUGAGCCACCCAGUGCUGCUGGCGGGCACGCGGCGCAUGGCAGUGCGCCUGCACGCCCCCUCCGCGCGCCUGCUGCUCGCCUUCUCCCCCUCCCGCGUUGCCAUGCCCGCCCACCCGCCCACCCGCCUCACCGCCGUGCCACCCCUGCUGCUGCCGCUGCUGCCGCCCGUGCUGCAGGGCCGCCCGCUGUCAGCCUUCCAGGCGGAGGCCGCUGCUGCUGCUGCUGGUAGUGGUGGUGGUAGUGGUGGUGGGGCGGGAGUGCGGAAGGGCAGCACGCAGGGUGUGACGUGGCGGGGGCACGUGCGAGUGGGCAGAGGUGAGGGGGAACCGGGGGUAGGGAGAGGUAUGGGUUGGUGGUGCAUUUCCUCUGCCUCCCCUCUCCUCGCCUCUUCUCCCUUCUACCCCACCAUUCCUUCCCUCUCCAUCCUUGUCAUUCCCCUCUCGCCCACACACGUUCGCUCACCCCUCUCCUGCGUGCCGCCACCCCCCUCCUGCAUGCCCUCAUCCCUCCUCCCUCUGGCCCCGUGUCCAGCAGCAGCACGGCGUGCACAGCGCCCCUUUGAAGCGCCGCUGCACCUGGAGCUGAAGAUCCAGGACAGCCCUGUUGGGUGGUACGGUGGUGGAGAGCGGUUCAACGCGGUGAACCAGAAGGGAAGUGUGCUGCCCAUGGCCAGCCGAGACACGCCCUCAGGCAACCAGGCGGAGCGCACGUACAAGGCGGUGCCAUUCGUGAUGAGCACGUCGGGGUGGGGCGUGUGGGUGGACUCGCACGCCCAGGGCUCCUUCCUGCUCAACCACGCCUCCGACCCCCACCACCUGGUGCUGCGCUACCCGCUCUUCACGUCGCUGCGCGUGGUGGUCAUGGCGGGGCCGCGCCUGCUGGACGUGCUCGCGCUCUUCUCACGCCUCUCCUCCUCGCGCCCCAUCCCGCCGCCCCUCUGGGCCUUUGCGCCCUGGAAGGGCCGCGAUGUGCACCGCAGCAGCCAGGAGGUAUUGGAGGAUGCGGAGAAGCUGCGGCAGCAUGGCAUACCGGGGUCGGUGAUACUGAUGGACAGCCCGUGGCAGACGGCAUACAACGACUUCACCAUCAACCGCCGCCAGUUCACCGACCCGCAGACGCUCUUCUCCAAGCUGCAUGCCCUCGGCUUCCGGGUGGUGUUUUGGGCGACGCCGUUCGUGAACGAGGUGAACCGCGUGGACAUGCCGGGUAUCACGGCCGCCGCCGCGCCCAACUUCCACGAGGCGGCGCGCCGCGCCUUGCUGGUGCGCAACGCCACGGGGCACCCGCAGCUCGUGCGCUGGUGGAAGGGGCGCGGGGCGCGCGUGGACUUCAGCAGCGAUGAGGCGGAGCGGUGGUGGCGCGGGCAGAUGGGGCGCAUGCUGCAGUGGGAGGAGGUGUUUGGCGGGGUGAAGGCGGACGACGGCGAGGGCGGGUACUUUGAGGCGGGUGCCGUGUUCCAUGACGGCACGCCACUCCCCCUCAUGCGCAACAAAUACGUGCACCUGUACCUGGGCAGCAUGCAGCGCUUCAUCAACGACAGCGUGGGGCCCACCCAGGGCGUUGUGCUCGCCCGCUCUGCCUUCACUGGCACCGCCAGCUCAUUCGUGUGGGCGGGCGACAACAGGGCGUCCUUCUCGCGCGCGGACGGGCUGCCAUCGGUGGUGGUGGCGGGGCAGACAGCGGCGCUCUCAGCGCUGUACCUGUGGGGCAGCGACAUCGCCGGCUAUCUGGGCAAGACCAUCCCGCGCGACGUCUUCAUCCGCUGGACGCAGUUCGGCGCGCUGUCCCCGCUGAUGCAUCAGUUCGGGCAGGCCAACAACGGCCCGUGGGACUACGACGCAAUCACGCUGCGCAUCUACCGCCGCUUUGCCCGCCUGCACACCGCCCUCGCGCCCUACCUGCUGCGCGCUGCACGGCUCGCAAGCACGGAGGGGCGGCCUGUGAUGUGCCCCAUGGCGCUGUGCGCGCAGGGGGAUGAGGGCGCGGAGCAAGGGCGGUGGGAGGGGCAGUACCUGCUGGGGCCCGACCUGCUGGUGGCACCCGUCGUCAAUGAGACUGACCACUUGCACGUGUUCUUCCCAGCAUCCACGCCGCACUGGCGCCAUCUGUUCUCGGGCCGGCGGUACAGCGGAGGGCAGGUGGAGGGGGUGGCGGUGGCGUUGGAGGAGGCGGCGGUGUUUGUGAGGGAGGGCGCCGUGCUGGAGGUGCUGCCCGACCACACCGACACUCUCGUGCCCUGUGGCGCUCACAUCCUCCCCUCCGUUACUUGCAUGCCCAGCCAUCGCACCAUCCAGCUGUGGCCGGGCGGGGCCGGCAGCACAGAGCUGUGUGCGCUGCUGCGAGUGUCGCACCGCUAUGAGGGCACCGUCACUCCUGCCGCUCACGGACUGCCGGGCCACUCUGCCGAGUCCGCCAGCAGCGGUAGCAGCGGCAGCAGCGGCGGCGGCGCUGGCGCCGGUCGUGGGAAGAUGAGCAGCACAGCAGGUGCAGGUGGCAGCUUGGCGGACGAGAGUGGUAGGGGUGUGGGUGGGGAGGGGAGUGGGGAGGGAGAGGUGGAGGCGGAGGGGGGUGCGGGGCUGCAGGGAGGGGGUGAUGGAGAUGUGGCGAAGGGCGAGGGUGAGGCGGUGGAGGAUCUUCCUCAGAUGGAUGCAGUGCAGGAGGACGAGGGGGGAGGGGCUGGGGCAGGAGGGGAGGGCAAGGACGAGGGAGACGUGAGAAUGAGAAGAGCGAGGAGACUGCUGGGGAUGGGAGACGGUGCUCUGCAGGGGCUUGAAGUGGGUGUGCUGCGCUUGAGAGGAGAGCAGCAAGAGGGGGGAGGCGAGCAGCAGCAAGGCGGGGCGGGUGGUGGGAGCGGGGGCAGGCGGGUGGUGGAGGUGGCAUGGGGGGGUACGGCGCGCAGGGAGGUGCAUGUGAUGCUCAUGUUCGAGCGCGUCCCCCACGUCACACUCACACUGCUGCCACCCACGGGUGCCGCUCCCAAUGGCGCACAGGAGGGCCAGCGCGUGCCGUGUGAGUGUGCUGAAAGCCUGGACAGGCCGCUGUCUCUCUGCCGUCUGCACCUAGAUAAAGGGGUUACACGGAUAGUUUACCCUAGCCAGUCGGUGCGUAGUUCCACCGAGAUGGCAGUAGACCCCCGCACAGAGGCCCCUCCAGCAUCCACUCUGCAUGCUUCACCUCCUUCCAGUGCGUUGCCCCGCUCACGCACUGGCUUGGAUUUCCUUACGGGGGGGGGUUUCACCCCUACUCCAGUCCCAGCUGCUGCUGUUGCUCCUUCGGCCUGUCAGAAUGAGAAACUCGAUUCUCCCGAGCAGCCGUACCCUUUCGCUGAGAUGGAUGCCGAGCAGCUCAUACCAUUUUCACCCGUGCGAUCACCAACCACAUCAAGCCACCAUGGGGGUUCGCCAUCCGGUCAACCUGUCGCAUCAUCUGUUCCUGCUAGAAAAAAUCCCUUCCAAACCCGCUCCCCUUUUCUCCCGCCGCGGUUUACUGGCAAGACCAAAUUUGUGCAAAAUAAGCUUCCGUUUUCGAAACGCCCAAGCCCUUCCUCUGCAGGGAAUCCCACAACUAAGGAAGAUGGAGGGGAGCGCCGCGGAGCCGAGAAUGCCGGACCGAAGAUUCUGUCGAUAGAGGAGCUGCAGCUAAAAGCCAAGCAGCAGUGGAGCCGCCACUUCCCUUGGCUCAUCAUCGGUGACACCGCCGAAGGUCGACCUUGCAUGAGGUGCAAGAUCUGCAUGGUGUACGCAGAUCCUGAGUCACAGUUCGGCGCUCGGGGCGAGGGAGGCAUCGACGUACAGAAGCAGACGAUGAGGAAGCAUCAGUGGAGCAUCCGGCACCGGGAGGCGAAGGACCGAUUGGAGCAGCGUGAAGGCCCGCAGAAGAAGCAGGCAUCUAUCUCCAACUUUGGAGAUAAGAUUCAUGGCAGAGAUGGGGACCCCAGGGAGGCUCUGGCUGCUAAGGAUGCUGCUGAAGAAUUCCCCGAGUUCAAUGUCGUCGACAAAGUCGUCCGGUCUUUCGCGGACAUUCUCGGCCGCAGCAUAGUGCAGCAUGCGCGAUUCAAGAAGCUGCAGGAGGUCAUCACAGAGACCAACCUGGAGAUGCAAGGCAUUAAGGACGUCCGCUGGCUGUCGCGCGGGGACGCCAUCCAGCGCUUUGCAGACGUCCUGCCUGCUGCCGUUGUUCUGCUGCAUGAGUACGACAAGACAACUUACACUCUUGUUACCAGUCUGAAGUUUCAGUUUUUCCUCGUCUUUCUGGUUGACGUGCUUCAGGAGCUGAACACCCUGAAUCUCAAGUUCCAGCGACGACAGGUAAGGACGUGGAGUUACACCUUGCAUCCUUUCUUUCCGUGA